UGCAGUAGUGUGAGCCCCGAAAUUGGUCCUACCAUUAAAUUGGGAGUUUUUAUAUUGCCUUUUGAUAUUGAGCUAGAUAAACUUCAAAAUUUGAAAAAAUUUAUUGAAAAGGCAAAACAUUUAAA